AUAUUUUUGCACCAACUAAUUCAGUUGAAAUUGUGAGUGAUUCGGUUAGAUAGGAAAUCUUCACAAUGGCAGGACAAAGUAUUGGGGAUCGUAUUACUGCUGCUCAACACACCAUCAUUGGAUCAGAUAUGUCCAAGAGUGUAUGCAAAGCAACAACACAUGAAAUAAUGGGACCAAAGAAAAAGCAUCUCGAUUACCUCAAUGCACUAACUCGAGAACAGAAUAUCAACAUUCCUGAAUUAGCAGAUCUACUUAUCGAAAGAACAAAAGUUGGAAAAUGGGUUGUCGUUUUCAAAAGUUUAAUCACAACACAUCAUUUAAUGUGUUAUGGCAAUGAGCGAUUUAUUCAACAUUUGGCAUCUCGCCAUGCUUUAUUUAAUCUUGCGAAUUUCAUUGACAAAACAGGAGUCCAGGGUUAUGAUAUGUCAACAUUCGUCCGAAGAUAUGCAAAAUAUCUGAAUCAGAAAGGAAUAUCAUACAGAACAGUUGCAUAUGAUUUUACAAGGGUUAAGAGAGGUAAAGAUAAUGGGGUUUUGAGAACAUUGGCAACAGAGAAGUUAUUGAAGACAUUGCCAACAUUGCAGCUGCAGCUGGAUACAUUGCUGGAGUUUCAAGCGAGUGCAAAUGAAUUAACCAACGGGGUAGUGAAUAGUGCUUUCAUGCUGCUCUUUAAGGACUUAAUCCGGUUAUUUGCUUGUUACAACGAUGGAAUUAUCAAUUUGUUGGAAAAAUACUUUGAUAUGAAGAAGCAUCAUUGCAAAGAAGCGCUUGAUCUUUACAAAAAGUUUUUGACAAGAAUGGAAAAGGUUUCGGAAUUUCUUAAGGUUGCAGAACAAGUAGGAAUUGAUAAAGGUGACAUUCCAGAUCUUACACAGGCUCCCAACAGUCUAUUAGAUGCGUUAGAGCAACAUUACGCAACACUUGACGGAAAAAAGGGAAAUGCUACAUCAAAACCUUCAACUGCUACUUCUGCUCAAGUGAAAGCAUUUUCUGCUGUUAGUUCUUCAUUUGAUGAAAAAGACAAAGAGGCCAGCUUACUCGAAGAAGAAGAACAACUGAGAAUGUUUAAACAAAGAACUCAAGAGGCACAGCAACAACAAGAGCAAUUCAAGCCAACAACAAAUGGCACAGUUGCACCACCUGCCACAACCCAACAGCAGACGACAUCAUCCUUCAGUAUUGAUCUCCUGUCUACUGAUACAGUCGCUUCAGCAAGUACAACCUCCAAUAGCCUAUUUGACCUAGAUAGUUUUUCUGCUCCACCACCGCAGACACAAACAUCAUUAUUUCCACAGCAGAAUGCCUUUGGGCAAAUGGAUGCCGCACAGCCAUUUGGAAUGCAGGCACAUUCACAGCCUGCUUUCACUCAGCCAGCUAUGAAUAAUAGCCAAAUGUUUCCAGGAAUGUCCAAUUCACAGCCACCACCUAUGGUUACAUCUCAACCAAAUCUUUUUCCAACAACAAAUGCUACUACUCCAUUUGAUUCCAGUAAUGCAUUGCCAUUCCAGGGUGAUUUGUUGACACCAACAGUGUUUGGUCAACAAGUGCAGGCUGCACCUAUUACAAUGAAUUCAACUUCUAAUCAACAUCCGCAACCUGUAGGAAGUGAUCUUGAUUCUUCUCUCGCAAAUGUUGUUGCUAAUUUGAACGUUGGUGGAAUGAAGGCAAAUCAAAACUUCCAGCCAAAGUCAGAGAGGAAACUCACUGGAGGGAUGAAUUUUCAACCACAAUUAACUAAUACAUCGACGAUGCCACCAGCGAUGCAAAUGCCAGGCACUGCACCAGCGAUGAUGCCACAGAUGACAAUGCAAAUGAAUUAUAAUCAACCAAUGAUGGGUAUGCAGCCUAUGAUGCAACCAAAUAUGUACGGGCAACAUAUGGGAAUGCAACAACAAAUGAAUAUGAGACAACUGAAUCCUAAUAAUCCGUUUGGACCAAUGUAACAUUACUGAACAUGAUAACAAAAUAUCGUCUUGGAAAGAUUAAUUUCUAAUGAUAUUCAACUGAGAGAUGGCGCUGUUGUGAGCUUUAUCGUGCUUCGUUAAAACAUUUCUUUCUAAUAAUUUUAUGAUCCUGUUUAUAUUAUCAUAUACCAGUGAUACCUUUUAACUGCUUAGUAAUGUUGAAAUGGCACAUAAGUCAAUAAGUGUGUUUUCCCAACAAACAAACUGAGAUAUUUGUUUUUAACAACAUAUUCCUCACCCACAUAUAAUUUGAUAAUGCUGUUUCCUGUCUUUUUAAUACAUGACAGGUUACAAAUGCCUACGAUUUUGUUUUAUAUGGCCAUCCAACAGUAGCUGAAUUGGCAAAUUUUUAGACUGUUGCUAUUAGCCUAGAAACUACAUCCCAGGACCAAGAAAUUAUUUCUAAGUUGAUCUGUUUGGUGCAAAUCUGAUAAUAUAUAUACAUACAUUGAAAAUUUGAAAUAUUUCUGUUUUUUUUGUAAUUAGGUCUUUCAUAAGUUGUGAGGAUGAUAUGGCCAUGAUAACCGAAAGCCUUUCAACAACCAUUUAAAAUAUGAUGAGUUUUUGAAGUUAAUUUUACCUGUCUGAUAUUUAAAUAUUUGUCAGCAGUGAGAGUAUCCUAUUUAUACUCUUUAUACCAAAACACUGAAUUUGAAUCGAAUCACAAUUUGAUGAAGAAUAGGCAUUUCGAUUACUGAUUAACUGUGUAAAUAGCAUUGGUUGUUGAAAAUUUAUUUUCCAAUUGAGCUCUGUCAUGCUUCAGUUUAGUAGUCUAUUUCAUCUUGUUUCUAACAAAUCUCAUUUAUAAGAUAUUGGGAUGAUAGAAUACCUAGCCGAUCAUGUCAGUAAAAAAAAGCUGACCAAAUGAAUAGGUGCUAUGACAUAAUAUAUUUAUACUAUAUUCAUCGUAAUGGACAUGUUAUAAAUAUGAUGAAUUAAUAUUGUCAUUUUAGUAUGUAUAUGUAUGUUCAUAAUAAUAUUGUGAUAGUGGUGUGCUAAACAGUGGUAAACUUCCAUUCUAGCUAUCCCCCUUCUAGUAGAUCAUGAUUCAACGCAUUGACCAAGUGAUUUUUGAAUUGUUGUAGAUGUUUUUUAUUAUUUGUUUAUUAUAGUUAUUUUUGUGACAUAUGCUGACAGUUGGGGUAGUUCUGUAUGUAUAUUUGUCUACUAAUUUGUUUGAGCAGAAUUGUAUUCAAUAAUAUUGUUUUGGUAUUGAUAUAAGUCACUGUAUAGCAAUUUCUCUGUUAUAUAGGAGAGAUUGUAAAACAGUCUAAAAUUCGAAGAAAUUUAGAAUACCAAGAUAUAUUAUCAAAAUUGGAGUUAUUUUAGGGGAUGAUAACAAUAUUGAAACAGGUUUGAUACUUACUCCCUCCAUGAAGUCAAAUGAUUUCCUCCUCAAAUAAUGUUACAUUGUGGUAAACUAAGAAAAUGCAUCAUUCCAUAUCAAGCAACAGACUAAGCAAAAUUCUUAUAAAGCCUAACUAAAAUAUAUUAUAAUUUUGCAUUGUAUAUAUUUCUAUUCUAUUUUCUUUAAUCUAUGUCACCACAAGCACGAUUGCUGUUCAGGAAAAAGGGUUAUGGUUUUCAUUUAAGGGUAUACUAAUGCCUGUACUGUAUUCUCCAUAAAUGGGAGCAGCAGGUUAUCGACAAUCGAUAUGUUUUCAUACCAGGAAAAUUUUAACAUAUUAGCCAUCCCUAUCUCCUUUAUCACGACUUCCAUUGAGGCUACUUAAGAAUAAUAUGUUGCAGUCGUUUCAAUGUUCUAUCCAUGUAUCAUAAAUUAUUAACAAUGAAAAUAUAUUUAUCAAGAAUCAUCAGG